AUGAAAAGAAAGAUCAUUAGGGAAAAUAAAUGUAAAGAAGAAGUAAAUGUGGAAAUUAUUGAAGAAAAAUCGAAACAGACAAUCAAAUUUAUAAAUUAUAAACUGUAUUCCAAUCAUGUAAAAUAUUUUACUGAUGAUACUUUAUUGUUGUAUUUAGACUUUGAAUAUAAUAAAACUAAUUUAGAUGAUUUUUAUGUAAGAUACUAUAUAUUUGACAAAUUGCAGGAGAAAAACAAUACACUUGAAACAUUUUGUAAACAAAAACAAAUGUUAUAUAUAUUAGCACAACAAAAGUUUAGAUAUUUUUUAGAAACCUUUUUAUCAAAAAAUCGCUGUUUUGAGAAAAUGAUUUGUUUAGAAUCUUAUCCUUUUAGAGUUGAAAAAUUAUUGGAAGAAUAUGACAUUAAUUUUUUUUUAAAGAAAAGAACAAAUUUUUUAGAAGAAAAAAAUGAAUGUUUACCAAAAUUAAUAGGGCAAAGCACAUUUUAUGAUUUCUCGACAAAUACAAAAAACAUAAAUAAUUUAAAUUUGUUGUGUCUUAAACCACCAAUUAACAUGCUUUUAACAAAAGAACAAAAUUCUGACUCGGAAACAGAAUAUUUAGAUGCAUCUGAAGAGACUAAUAAAAUUAAGACAAAUAUAUUCAAAAUUAAAAAUGAAAUCAAAAAAGCUGAUAUAAAGGAAUAUAAUAAAGAAAUGUUAUUUUUUAUUGAUAAAUGCAUUGAAUGUAAAAAUAAUAUAACUGAAAUAAGUUUAGAUAUUAAUUUGUGCCCAAUUACAUAUAAUGUCAAUUUGGGAUCUAGGAUUUAUAAUCUAAUGAAAGUUGAUCAUGAAAGUGAUUUUACUAUUUUUGAAGUUUUACAAUCUCUUUGUUAUUUAACUGAUGACCUACAAACAUUUAUGAAAUCUUAUAAAGUUCUUCAAAUUAAUGGAAUAAUAAUACAUCCUUUAACUAAAGUGAAAGAGUUAUCACCUAUUGAUAAGUAUGUUAUUGUAACAAAUAUUAGUAAUAUUGAUUUAGGAAUUGAUUCUAAAAUUAACAAAAAUCGUAAUAUUUUAGGCUUUAAAAAUCUAGGAAAUACUUGUUUUAUGAAUGCUUCUUUACAAGCGAUAAUCAAUUGUAAAGAAUUUUCAGAUUACUUUUAUUCUUGUGAUUUAGACAGGCUUGGAAAUCAUAAAAUUGUGUCUGCUGCCUUUUCAGAACUUAUAAAAAUGUUUGAUAAAAAUUUAGAGUAUUUAAUACCCAGUAAGUUAAAAUAUGUAAUUGGCAGCAAAGUUGAUAUUUACAAUGAAAAAGAUGAACAGGAUUCGAUGGAAUUUGUCUUUGAUUUACUUAAUCUUGUUCAUGAAGAGCUUAAAUUAAAAAAGAAAUCAAAGCUUGAGAAUAUAGAUAGUUAUAAAAAAUGGCAGAUUGAAAAUCAAUCAAUAGUUACUAGCUUAUUUUUUUCAAAAAUCAAAUCUUCGAUUGUUUGUGCAAUGUGUAGCAACGAAAGAUUUAUUUUUGAACCUUGUUUAAGUUUAUCAGUACCAGUACCUCUUGAAAAAAAAUAUUUUAGCAAUAUUGUAAUAUUUUAUGAAUCUUAUAACAGAGUUCCUUUGAAAAUAUUUGCUGAGGAAACUCUUACUAUUUUUGAAUUGAAAAUAUUAUUGUGUGAAGAAUAUAAUGUUACACAUAAGAUAUUAUGUUGCCAAAUUAUGAAUAACACAAUUAAAGUUAUUGAUGAUUUUCAACAACUUAAAUGUCUUAAAAGUACAUUAUUUUGUUAUGAAUUUAUUCAAGAAAAUGUAGAAGAAUAUAUUUGGAUUAGUAUUGAUAGAAAAUAUUUUUUUUGGACAAUUCCUUUUGAUUUUUUAAUCUUAGGGCGCAUACCUAAAAAUUGUAAUAAAGAAGAUGAAAAAACAUAUAAGCAAAAUAUAAUAGAUAUUGUAAGAUAUAGACUGGUUCCUUUUAUAGAUCAAAAAAACAUUAAUAUGUUGUAUGGUUCUUUCAAUGAUAUUUUUUACAUUAAGCAUAAAAAAAUACAAUCUAGUUCAAAAAGCAUAUUAAACAGAUCUCAAUGCUUUUUACAAAUUUCUAAUGCAAAUUAUAUUUCUUUAUUUGGUCCUAACUUUCAGCCUAUAAAUAAUAUGAUACAUCUAGUAUCUGAUAAAAUAGAUUUAAUCAAUUGCUUAAACCUUUUUUUAGAAAAAGAAUAUAUUUUUGGAGAUGAUAAGCAGUUUUGUAAAAAGUGCAAUCAACACACUAUACAUUACAAAGAUACAGAUCUGGAUUUACUUCCUAAAUAUUUAAUAAUUCAGUUAAAACGAUUUCGAUUUAAUGGUGUUGAUUUCGAGAAAAUAGGUACAUUUGUUGAUUUUGAAAUGGGUGUUUUUUAUAUAAAAAAGUGUAAAUAUAAAAUUAUUAGUAUUAUAAAUCAUAUCUCUCCAUCUGGUGGAUAUGCUUUUAGAAGUGUAGGGUCUAACGGUCACUAUACUGCGUAUAUUAGACAUCAGAAUGAUUGGUUUCAUUGUAAUGAUCACAUUAUUACAAAGGUUUCAGAAGUUAAAAAGGACGACGCGUAUAUUUUUAUACUUGAAAAAAUUGAAUAG